AAAAUAAUGAUAAAGUAAACAGCUUUGUUAAACCAUAAUCAAAUGUUUAGUUGCAGAAGUAUUAUAAAUAUAUUUAAAAUAAAACAGAGAGAGCAGUGGCGGUGGUUAAUCAUCAAGAGCACUUUUUUUGAUGCAGGCGUGGGUAUAAAUCCAGGACCUUUGCUCAAGAACUUUCUUUUUCUUUUUUCACUUCCCUUCAAUUUCCCCCAAAUUCUUCACUUUUUUUCUUUUUUUUUUAUAAAUCUCUCUGUCUUUUGAACAUUUUUAUGUUUAGUAUUAACUCCACAAUCUGAUCAUUAUGCUUCUUCUUACACACACCCAGAGUCACAGUCUCGAAUACCUUUUUCUCUAUUCGUCUGGGUUUAUGUCUUUAUUAUUUGAAACUUUGGAGUACAACAAAGUCCUCAGAGCCCCAAAAAUUUCGUGCUAAUUUUUCAAGCUAAAGUUAUAAUUAUCAUCAUUCCUCACGUUGUUGUUAAAGAAGAAAAAAAGAGAAAAGAAUAUGCAAAGUUAUCAGUCCAAAAUGGUAUGCAGAGCAUAGUCCCAAAAGUAGGAGCAGUACAGAAUCUGAAAUGGGGUAUCUUUUCUUUCCCCACUUUUUAGUUCUUGGUCUUUCUCUCUUUCAGAGCUCUGUUUAUUCUGACUAGGGUUUUUUGUUUCCUGGGUUUUAUUUUUUUUUUAGAAGGAACUGUUGGAGGGGUUUGAAUGGUAGUAUUUAUGGUGAUAGAAUCAAUGUCUCUGCUCAAUUAAUUGCUUCAAUCCACUGUUUUUGAGCGGUUUCUUGAACUGGGCUUUUGUUUAUUUCGGACAUUUGGGCGUUUCAUUAGUGUAAUUUUGCUAAGGACUGCUGGAAAUUCAAGCGUUUCUCUGGGGGAUUGCAGUGUUCAUUUUCUUUCGGUGGUCCUUACUGUGCUUUAUCGGUGCAUGGACUUGUUUCAAUCAUCUGCAUUUAUUUUUCCUUUGCUUGGUGGUCAUUUGAGUGGAGAAAGGUGACAAUCCUCUUGGUGUAGCUAGUAUCGAGUUUUUUCCUGGCCUUAUAUUAUUUUUUGAGAAGCGACUGCAAGUCUUUGGUUGUUUGAGUUCGAAACUUUUAAGUAAUAGAUAUGGCUGAAAAGGAUAAUCUUGAAGAAGCAAAAAGGAGUGAGGAUCUUCUGAGCUAUCAAUCAGCAAAUGUUACUUCAGAAUGGCAAUUAACUGGUAGUCAUCUAUCAAGCACUGGAUUGAUCCCUCCAGGCAGUUCUGGGUCUGUUUCUAGAGGGGAUAUUGUUGAGCAGCCUUCUUGCUCUGAUGCUAAUCGAAUCGACUCAUUCAACCCAACUAUGUGGGAUCAACCGUCAAGUUCGAAUAAUUUAGGUUUUGUUGACAACAUAGUCCAGCACAAUUCCAGUUAUUUAAAUCCUUUGGUAAACCGAACAGGUUGUCCUGUCCCUCUGGGAGCUGGUGGUGACGGUUUGGUUGGCUUAAACUGGACUCCACCAAAUGCAAUGUUGAAAGGGGGUAUGUUUCUUCCUGGUGCACCUGGAUUUCUCCCUCAGAGUUUGACCCAUUUUCCAGCUGAUGCAGGGUUUAUUGAAAGAGCUGCAAGAUAUUCAUGCUUCAGUGGUGGGAAUUUUAGUGAAAUAAUGAACCCCUUCAACAUGCCUGAGCCUGUGAAUCCGUACUCGAGGGGUCUGGCUCCAAUUCUUGGAUCACAAGAGGGUUUGACUGGAAAUGGAUUGAAGUCAAUGUCUGGGAUGCCAUCACAAAGUAAUGAAAUGAACAUGGCUGAAACUUCCAGAAAUGUUUCUGCACCGUUAGCUGAGAGUGUGCCUUCUGAUGGAAACCAAUAUAAGAUUGGCAAAAACAAUGAAAAUUCAGCUAGGUCUCAAGAUGGUGCAAAAGGAGGCGCCGCAGUUUCAAGCAAUGAAUCAGAUGAAGGUGAAUUUAGUGGCCGUGGUGCUCAAGGGGAACUGGAAGCUCCAGUUGGGGAGUCAUCUUCGAAGGCACUUGGGUCCAAGAAAAGAAAAAGAUGUGGGCGGGAAGCUGAGCUUGAUCAGAACAAGGGAACUUCACAGCAAGUUGUGGAAGUUAAGAAGGAUGAUAAUGAAGUUCAGCAGAAGGGAGACCAAAAUCCAACCUCAGUUACCAGCAAGCCUGGUGGAAAAAAUGCUAAGCAGGGACCGGAAGCGUCAGGUUCUCCUAAAGAAGAAUAUAUCCAUGUUAGAGCAAGGAGAGGCCAAGCUACAAACAGUCAUAGUCUUGCAGAAAGAGUAAGGAGGGAGAAGAUUAGUGAGAGGAUGAAGUUUCUUCAGGAUCUUGUUCCUGGUUGCAGCAAGGUGACUGGAAAAGCAGUUAUGCUGGAUGAAAUCAUUAACUAUGUGCAAUCUCUACAACGUCAGGUUGAGUUUCUAUCUAUGAAGCUGGCAACUGUGAAUCCGAGGCUGGACUUCAACAUUGAAGGGCUUCUUGCAAAAGAUAUCCUUCAGAGCCGAGCUGGUCCACCACAUCUGAAUUUUCUUCCUGAUAUCUCUAUGGCGUAUCCUCAGGUACAUCAAUCACAGCAGGGAUUAGUCCCAUCGAGUCUUCAUGGACUCGGAAGUUCCUCGGAUGCUCUUCGACGAUCCCUCAGUUCUCAAUUUACAACAGGGAGCAGUAGCCUUAAAGACCUUUCUUCUCAGGUAUCUAACGUGUGGGAAGAUGAGCUUCACAAUAUAGUUCAAAUGGGCUUAACUUCAAGUGCUCCUCUCAGUAGCCAGGAUUUAAGUGGGCCUCUUCCUCCAGGACAUGUGAAAGCCGAACGCUGACCAAAAUUUUUUUCAUCUUGACAUUGUAUUCUCAGUCAAAUUGAUUGUAAGGGUUUAUUCCCGAGGGCCUAUGUGAAUUAAAUCGACUCCUUGGUCAAGGUUAACCAAGCUGUAUUUAAAUUUGAGCCGAGCGUUCAGAAGCUCAUGGAACCUGUUCUGGUAGAAGAGCCCUUUACAAUAUUGGUUGUAAAUUAUGUUCCCGUAGAAGCCUUCAAGAAAGGAAAAUUUCUGGACCAAGGAAUGUAGAUUGUGGGAUCCGAUCCCCUGCAAAAGAAGCAGAGGAUGGUUGUAUUAGUUGAAGGGAAGAAGUGAACUGAAACUAUAGCAUCUAGUUUGUAAUCAUUUUAAGGUCUUAUAGUUCAUACUUAUUAUAUAUACUAUGAUUCUUUUGUCGAUGAAGGAACUGUUUGCCAUGUUUCCUGGUCAUCCAACUUAUCCAUCAUCUCCCAAUAUAGGAAAAUGCAUGUUAAAUUUCAAACUAAGAUGAUUCCCCAGAAAGUCAGACUAUAAAUGUUUACUUUUCUGGGAUUACUCAUGAAAAGAAAUUCUCAAUAUUAUGAUAGCGA